AUGGACUUCAACGGCUCGUCGCCCUUCCCAGAGGGCGUUAUCUCGUUCCUGGACACUGAUCUUUACAAGCUGACGAUGCAAUGCGCUGUGCUGAAGUACUUCGCGGAUGUACGAGUAACUUAUGCGUUUCAUAAUAGAACACCUGAGAAAAAACUGUCAAGAGCAGCUUUCAAGUGGCUUCAAGCUCAGAUAAACAAACUGGGUAACAUUGCGCUUUCAAACGAUGAGCUUCGAUUCCUCCAAACCACUUGUACAUACUUGAACAAGCCAUACCUUGAUUUCCUAAAAGAAUUCCGUCUAAAUCCUCGCGAACAAAUCGAAGCUUCCUUCUCUCCCGAGAAUGACACCGGUAGUGACGAAGAUAUUGGCGAGUUCUGUCUCAUAGUCUCCGGCUUAUGGGUUGAGACCAUUUUAUACGAAAUCCCCCUCCUUGCUCUCACUAGCGAAGCAUAUUUCCGAUUCAUGGAUACAGAUUGGACAUAUGAUGGGCAAGAGGAGAAGGCCUACCAGAAAGGUAUGCGCCUUCUUGAAGCCGGCUGCGUAGUAUCUGAGUUUGGUACACGCCGGCGGAGAGACUAUCAUACCCAAGCGUUGGUGUUUCGUGGACUCGUCAAAGCUAAGAAAGAAGGAGAAAGAAAGGGCUUGCCUGGGAAGAUAUCUGGAACCAGCAAUGUUCACUUAGCUAUGCGAUUCGGCAUACCACCAAUCGGUACAGUCGCUCAUGAAUGGUUCAUGGGAGUCGCGGCUAUCACUGGAGACUACAAAACAGCCACAACCACGGCGUUGCAAUAUUGGGUAGGAUGUUUUGGGGAGGGGGUUCUUGGAAUCGCUCUGACCGACACUUUUGGUACACCAAUCUUUUUGAAGGCCUUCAGUCAACCGAUGACAAAAAUAGAGUCAGGAAGUUUGACCGAAGACACCUCAAUUAGAGAGGUACCCUCGAGUACCCCAUUGGAUAUGGUAAAUGGAAAGUCUAAAACAUUCGCAGAAGUGUUCGCCGGUGUGCGACAGGACUCAGGUGACCCAGAAAACUUUGUUAAGAUGAUGCGUGAGUUUUACGACGCACAGGGAAUCAAGGAAAAGAAGACGAUAGUCUUCUCAGACUCGUUAAAUAUUGAUCUAUGUCUGCAUUACAAGACAAUAUCUGACGAAGCUGGCUUCAAUACCUCAUUCGGAGUUGGAACCUUCUUCACUAACGACUUUGUUCACACGAAAACUGGUACCAAGUCGACUCCUCUCAACAUUGUCAUCAAAUUGGCCACUGCUGCCGGUAGAUCUGCAAUCAAAAUCAGUGACAACAUUGGGAAAAACACUGGCGAUAAAGCUACAGUUGAGAAAGUCAAACAAGAGCUAGGUUAUGUGGAGCGAGACUGGGCCCAGGGCGAUGAAGCGACAAGAUGGGGAAAGGAAAGUGAGAACGAAAAGAAAUAA